GUUGCUUGACAAUUUUGUGACAUAUUUUCAGUCCAUUAUCAGACGCUCGUUCUUAACAUUUUGUUUACUGUGUCGUGCCAAGAGAAAUGAAUUUUCCCAUCAUUUGUUCCCUGAUUAAUAAUUCUGCUACCAUUCCCAUCAAUCGCAUAACGAAUCAUACGAGUAGUGCUGUUCGAAAGUUAUUAGUAUCACGCAAAUAUUUGACAACAUUCAACACUGCUGCUGAGAAGGGCAUUUUGAAACCUCAACACCAACACCUACAACAACAACGUAGCAACGUUGCAACAACCAGUGGAAAUUUAAUUACUACUCGAAGGUUUCACAUUUCAAACUCAAGUGUAUUGUGGUCGCUGGUAUCGUAUCAUAGUCGACGACCUUUCCUUCAAACCGUUGCCGGUGUACAUUUUUCUACAAGGCCAACAUUACGUCAUUGGCCCCAUCGCCAGCAACAGUUGCCACAGCAGCAGCAGUCACCAUCUCCUUCAUUCUUAUAUCCCCACUCCAUUGGAUCUAAUCGCCGUUCCAUCACCAUCAUCAUGGGAUCCGUCAACUGCAAAGAAUAUGUUACCACAAAUGAAGCCUGUUCCAAUCGUCCAAAUAACGAAAACGGUACAACUGGUUCUGGCUCAUAUCAAUCUACCUGCGACGCCAAAAUGAUUGACGACUACACCGAUCCCGUUGCCGUCUGCAAUGUCAACGAUUUGCAGGAGUGUGAAAUGAAGUCGUUCGAAUUCAACGAGAACACCAAAGUGCUGGUUGUCAAACAGAGAGAUCAAGUCAAGGCUGUUGGCAAUAAGUGUACCCAUUAUGGUGCUCCCCUGCACACUGGUGUCUUGGGUGAUGGUCGUGUACGUUGUCCCUGGCAUGGUGCCUGUUUCAGCAUCGAUACGGGUGAUAUUGAAGAUUUUCCAGGUCUCGAUUCGCUGCCUUGCUACAAGGUUGAUGUGCAAUCUGAUGGCCAGGUUAUGGUACGUGCCAAGCGCAAGGAUUUGGAAAAUGCUCGCCGUCUCAAGGAUAUGGUCAAACGAGAUCCCAACAAUUCUGUGUGUUAUGUAAUAGUUGGUGGUGGUCCUGCCGGUGCAGUGUGUGCCGAAACUUUGCGUCAAGAGGGUUUCACCGGUCGCAUUGUUAUGGUCUGCAAAGAACGCCACUUACCCUAUGAUCGUGUUAAAUUGACCAAGAGUUCGGAUAGUCAAAUUGAAACUCUGCAAUUCCGCAAACCUGAAUUCUACGAGGAAUAUGGUAUUGAAACAUUGCUCGGGGUGGCUGCCACCAAAAUGAAUUGUGAAGAGAAAACUCUGCAACUUUCAAAUGAUGCCACCCUAAAAUAUGAUAAAAUCUUUAUUGCCACUGGUUGCACCGCCAGCAAGCCACCGAUUAAGGGUUCCGAUCUGAAAGGUGUUGUGGUUGUACGCGAAUAUGAUGAUGUCAAGGAGAUCAAUAAACUCAUUAAACCCGAGACCAAUUUGGUAUGCUUGGGCUCCAGUUUCAUUGCCUUGGAGGCUGCCCAAAGCUGGGUCAAGAAGGUGCAAAGUACCACUCUCGUCUCACGCACAGAAUUUCCCUUGAUGGCCAGUUUUGGCCCCGUGGUUGGUGAACGCGUUUUACGCCUAUUCCGUGAUCAAGGUGUCACCAGCAUCAUGAACAGUGGCAUUGUGGAAAUCCUGGGCAAUAGCGACAAUCAGGUGACAGAGGUUGUACUCAAGGAUGGCACCAAAAUUCCCUGUGAUAUACUCAUUAUGGGUACUGGUUCCAAAUUCAACACCGAAUUCUUGACGGGUUCGGGGCUGCCACUAAAUCACAAUGGCUCCAUUGAUACCGAUCUAUAUCUGAAAUCUUUGGUUGAUGAUGUCUAUGUUGGUGGUGAUAUUGCCAAUGCUCCUGUUUACGCUUACAAUCAAGAACGUGCCGCCAUCGGCCAUUAUCAAUUGGCCCAAUAUCAUGGUCGCGUAGCUGCCCUCAAUAUGGUGGGUAAAUCACCCGAGGAAUUAAGAGCUGUACCCUUCUUCUUCACCAUGCUGUUUGGCAAAGGUUUCCGUUACUCCGGUUAUGGUGCCUAUUCGGAUGUUGUCAUUGAAGGAGAUUUGGAAAAUUUGAAAUUUGUUGCCUACUUCCUCAACGAACAAGAUAAGGUUGUUGCAGUGGCAUCAUGUGGUCGUGAUCCAAUUGUUGCACAAUUUGCUGAAUUAAAGAGCCAGGGCAAGAGUCUCCAUCGCAAAGAUUUACAGGAAGAUGCCAGCGAUCCGGUGGCAUGGACCAAAAAACUUAAAGUUAUUGGUAAAUGCAUUUAAUCUGAUUUGUGUUGUUGUUAAUCCGUCUGAAAUUCUUGUAACUCCAAGAGUAUUAUAUUGCUAUGUUACUACUCUACAUAUUUUGUUUAUAUAAGAUGCUUUGUUAUAUAAAAUAUAUAUACAUAGUAUGUAUGCAACUGUGUUGUUGUACAUUGCUAAUAAUUCAUUAGUAUUUAUAAUAAUAUAAUUAUAUAUGUCUAUUUUUUAUAAUUCCGCCACUUAAAUUGUUAAUAAAUUUAUUUUGCAAAAUAAAAAA